ACACUAGCCGAGGCGCCUACGAGUCGCCGCUGCCAGGGGAGGACCAGGGAAGUCCGCGGGUCCCGUGAGUCCUGCGCGCUGGCAGCGUCCGGCCACCUCCGACCGACCCACGUAGCACCUUAGCUGCCGCUCUUGCGUGACGCUCCCCGGUUCUCGCUACCUCUCUGGGGUCGGAGUCCCGCGGCCUGCGCAGCCCAGCUCUCAGUAUUCCUGCUCACGGGAAGGAAGAAGGGCACGACCUGAAACUGGCGAGUUGCACUCUGCUGGUGUCCUCGUGGCCAGUCCCUCCUUCAGGGGAAGCUGGAGAAAGCAGACUGAAAUCCAGGGUUCUGCUGGGCCACUGCCGGUGGAAUGGCCAGCCUGCAGGAGGCCAAUGGAAGCACAGCGUGGCCACCGCCCCCAGCAUCCAAUAUCAGUGAGCCCCACCAGUGCCUGCUGCUGCUGUACGAGGAUAUCGGCUCCUCCAGGGUCCGGUACUGGGACCUCCUGCUGCUCAUUCCCAAUGUGCUCUUCUUCAUCUUCCUGCUCUGGAAGCUUCCCUUAGCUCGGGCCAAGAUCCGUGUCACCUCCAGCCCCAUUUUUAUCACCUUCUACAUCCUGGUGUUUGUGGUAGCCCUGGUAGGCAUUGCCAGGGCUGUGGUUUCUAUGACAGUCAGCGCCUCUGAUGCUGCGACAGUUGCUGACAAGAUCCUGUGGGAGAUCACCCGCUUCUUCCUGCUGGCCAUUGAGUUGAGUGUGAUCAUCCUGGGCCUUGCCUUUGGUCACCUAGAGAGCAAGUCUAGCAUCAAGCGGGUGUUGGCUAUCACCACAGUACUGUCUCUGGCCUACUCAGUCACCCAGGGGACCCUGGAGAUCCUGUACCCCGAUUCCCAUCUUUCAGCUGAGGAUUUCAACAUCUAUGGCCAUGGUGGCCGGCAGUUCUGGCUUGUCAGCUCUUGCUUCUUCUUCCUGGUCUACUCACUGGUGGUAAUUCUCCCCAAGACCCCGCUGAAGGAGCGUGUGUCCCUGCCCUGCAUCCUGGCCACACUCAACCUGCUGCAGGGUUUGGGGAGUGCUCUGCUCUGCGCUAACAUCAUUGCGGGGCUCUGCUGUGUGGAUGCCACCACCUUCCUGUACUUCAGCUUCUUUGCACCGCUCAUCUAUGUGGCCUUCCUCCGUGGCUUCUUUGGCUCCGAGCCCAAGAUCCUUUUCUCUUACAAAUGCCAAGUGGAUGAGGCUGAAGAGCCAGACAUGCACCUGCCUCAACCCUACGCUGUGGCCCGGCGCGAGGGCAUAGAGUCUGCAGGACCUGCGGGCGCCUCCGCCGCCAACUACUCUAGCACCCAGUUUGACUCCGCUGGGGUGGCCUACUUAGAUGACAUUGCCUCCAUGCCCUGCCACACAGGCAGCAUCAACAGCACGGACAGCGAGCGCUGGAAAGCCAUCAAUGCUUGAGUGGGCACCUAAGCCUUGGGGAGGCCUGUGAAGACAGGUGUGAACUCGUGUGGAUACCCUGGGCAGGUGUGCCUGCGCCCCCAGCCUCUUCCUGGUCUCUCCCCCCACCCCACCCCCGUCCUCCUUCCCAGCACUCUGUUCCUGCUGGGGUCCUGCCUGCACAGCUCCUUGUCCUUCCUCCAUAGCUCCCGGCCUCUUGGCCACAAGGCUGCAGUGUAUAUAUUUUCUUGAUCUAUUUUUUAAUAAAAGCAAAAGGAGUAGUAGGUGUGGGCCGGUGCCUCUCAGCAGCAGGGCUGUACAAGUGGGUAGGGGGCACCCCCAGAAGGGGUGACCCCAGAACUGGCUGCCAGGGCAGGGAGACGGGCAGGUCACUGUCACCGGUUGGAGGGGAGGGACCAAUGUAGAGAGAAGGGAGUUCUGUGGAGCUGAGGUCUCCCUGCCGUGUUUAGUGCAGUAUAGUGGAGCCUGUGGGCCCUACCAACCUCAGCUCCUUAAGCUAUCACCUCGGACCACCCCUCUCCAGUUACAUCAUCUGUAAAGUAGGGGCAAAGAGACCCAUCCGACCCUGU